UUCAGCAGCCAUCAUCGUUGAGACUAAACGGAAACCGUGUGACUCAAUUCGCUCAGUCGUACAUUUUACUCGCCUCUUGAUAGAGCUAAGAAUCGCGAAGCAAACGCAAGACGGGGAAUGAAAACAAUAUUAUUAUUAUAAUAAAAAUUUAACGCCUCAGCAACAGCGGCAGCAAUAGCUUAUUUUGCUGGUAUAAUUCCGUCGUCGGGAAACAGACACAAUUUGUCCUGUUUUUUUUUGUCGUGGCUUCGUCGCACCUCAAAUGUUUUGUAGUGGGCCACAAUUCGGAGCGUGAGGAAUAAAAAGGGUGUCAUACGUGAUAAAAGCAUAUUUUAAGCAGCACUCUGCUUAUCCGUUUGAUCGCGAGUUUAAGCGAGCAAUAAGUGAAUAGUGCCCCGUUUUAAUCCGCCCGUGGUGCUGAGGAAUAAGAGAAGAGCAGCAGCGGAUCGGAGUCGCCAAGAGUGGAAGAAAAAAUGUGUUUGGUGCUUCCGAAAGCCUUCGGAAGAAUCUCCUAAAUAGUUUUCCUGCCAGCAGCUGCGUAUGUGUUUGCAUGCCUCAAAUAUGAUUGUUCUGUGAUUCAGGAUUUGUGGCACUGCGAGCUGAAGAUUGAUGGAUUAGGUGUUUGAUACGCGUGCAACUAGGAGAAAAAAGUGUACAAUAGCAGCUGGUGUAUUCGGUGAUUUCCACCCCCUACUCGAGGAAUAUCGCUACGAAUAACAAACCACAACAAAGCCACGACAGAAGGAGCCUUCCCUAGCUGACGAUGGAUUCACUGCGAAAAUGGUUGAAUAAGCCAAAGGCUGACGACAAAUCGCUGCUAGCGAGAUUCUACCAUGCGGACCGAGCACUGACGGCAGUUGCCAGCGAGCUGGACAGCUUCGAUGGACGCGCUGAACCGGUUCGGUGCACACGGCUGGUCGGACGGUUGCGACAGGGACAGGAUCGCGUGCUGGCGAUCACGAACCAGAUCAUGGACGAGCUGCUGGGCGAGGAUCGGGCGGCCCGUGCCUUCCGGGCCAAGUUCCCCGAGGAGGUACUCCAGGAGAGUCUCGCCGGCCAGCUGUGGUUCGGGGCGGAGUGUCUGGCGGCCGGUUCGUCGAUCAUGAACCGCGAGCUGGAGAGCGCCAUGAUGCGACCGCUGGCCAAGGCGGUCACCAAGAGUCUGGACAACGUGCGGAAUCUGCUGCGCGAGCAGUGCCUUCGAAACAACACCCCGAACAGCCUGACGCUGCAGCUGGACGUGAACGACUCGGCGACGGAGCAGCUGUACGAGAGCUUGAAGAUAUUCGAUCGGUUGUUUGCGGAGUUCGAGCUGCUGUACGUGAGUGCGAUGGUGCAGGUCAAGUCGAAACAGGAGUACGAGAUGCAGGAGUUGAUAUGUGUGCUAUUCUCGGAAACCCUUCAACGGGCCCUCAAGAUGGGUCUGUUGGAGCAGGACCAGGUGGAUUCCUAUGACCCGGCGCUGAUGUUCUCGAUUCCGCGGCUUGCGAUCGUCGCCGGGCUGGUGAUAUUCAAGGAUGGUCCUCUGAAUAUGGACCAACCGGCGGACAACAUUUCCGAGAUGUUCAGACCAUUCCGGAAGCUGCUAAUCAAAAUGCGUGACCUGCUGAGGACACUAACCAAACACGAACUGUACCAGCUGGAGAAAUUGCUCUGCACCAACGAAGAGAUCAGUCUGAAAGAGCAACUAAUCUGUGAUGAAAAUGAAAACGAUAAUAACAGUGGUGAGUCGCCCCGGAAUGACGAUGUGGUUAUCGUGACAACUAGUGCUAGCACCAAUGCGGAUUGUAGAGGUAGCUGUGACCAGGACGAUGAUGGCCCGAGUGUUCUCGAGACGGGCGAGAAUCAAGACAACCAUUUUUAUACAAAUCGUACUUUAGUAGUUAAUGAACAACGAAUACUCGAUAACGAGAAUGACGCAUCGGACAGUGACGACGAGGGGGACAACCCCAACAACCUUCUCAAGGAUGGCCUGGUAACGUCAGAUUGCGCUUCGGGAUACCUCAUUCCGAACACCAACUUCGGGAAUCUACUGCAGACGAACGAAGCGCCUCUGACCGAUAGUUUUAUUGCAACAGACGAAGAGCUGAAGCUGGGAGCUUCUUCAAACGCUCGAAUAGAACAGCUUCUUUCCGAAUCCGAGCACGAUCCGGGUGAUUCGGGUAUCGGAACGGCAAACCCUAGUUUGGAUCAUUCGCCAGAGCUGGACACGGAACGGCCCGUGACCGCCAUCCGCAGGAUCAGCGAAUCCUCCGAAGAGGAGGAGGGCGAAGUGGAGGAAUACGAACGUCGCGACGACGAUGAGGACGCGAACGACGAGGACGAAGAUGACAGCGAGAGUACGCUUUGUGAUAUAUACCGAUCGAACCAAUCGCUGGACCCCGGCGCUAGCGCGACUAAUUUAACAAAAUCAAUCGGGAAGAGGCCAAAUCAUAAACAUCACCAUCGGCAUCAUCGAGGCGCGGUGACGGCGACGAGUAGCGGUUCUGCCGGUCGGAAGCAUUAUUCCAAACAUAGAACAACGAGUGCAGCGGCAGGAUCUGCCUCAUCGAUUGCCGGUCAAGGUUCAUCUUCGGAUUACAUAACCUGUGAUACAUCACCGUCAUCAGGGCACCACAGUAGCAGCAGCAGCAGCAGUAGUAGUAGCAGCAAUGGCGGUGAAGAUGCCACGAAGGAAGUGGCUAUGGCGAUGAAGGCUGCUGGGAGGAUCAAGUUCAAGACAACGGAGAACCUUUUGCAUCGAUUGUUCGUAUGCAUCGCAGGUGUUGCCGACCAGCUGCAAACUAAUUUUGCCGCCGAUUUGCGUCAAAUGCUUAAGAGUGUAUUCAUCAUCAAUUCGUCUCCUCCGGAGCCGGAGGAACCCCCUGAACCGGUUGCGAACAACGGGAACAAAACAAAGGAACCUGAUCCGGCGGAAAUGUUCGAAUACCGUGCCAGCGAGCGGGAUGUUAUCACACCGGGACAGAACAGUGGCGGCUCGAGCCAGAGUAUUUAUUCCGCCGAAGAGGUUAACCCCGAGGAACUGCACGAUUCGGUGUUUGACUCGCCGGGAUCUUCCCCGGUACGAGCUUCGUCAGCCCCACGAACAAUGAUGGCUUCGACAGAGAAUGGCAGCGUGACGGUGAACGUGUCCGUUUCGGUGGUAACGGGUGGCAACGCUGGUUCAAACCGAAACGCUCAGGAAAGAAGCGUGAGUCUGAGUGACGCUUCGAUUGUGGUGGAAGGCAGCGGGGGAAGCGCUGGCGCUAACCUGCGUGGCAACCAUCGGAGGCACAGUGCGAUCGGAUCCAAGGGAGAGUACAACAGGAGUCGAUCUAGCCCAAGCAGUCCGGUGAACGGGACGCCACAUGAGGAGCGACUGAUGCCUGAGGCACCACCCCGGUGGAUACCCGACGGUGACGCUCCUCGGUGCAUGGCUUGUGCAUCCUCUUUCACACCUUUCCGAAGGCGGCAUCACUGUCGAAACUGUGGUGGAGUUUUCUGCGGAGUCUGCGCCAGUGCUUACAUCCCACUCCCCAAGUAUGGACUGACGAAGGCGGUGCGGGUGUGUCGAAAUUGUUUCAUCUGCGAGGUGGAUGCCUGAAAACGUUUGCUGAAGUAACCCUGAGCUGUGUUUCUGUGUUUAUUUUGUUUAUUCACACAAGACGAAUGUUUUUUUGUUUUACACAAUUGAACUAUUUUUUUGUUUAGGAUGUUUAAUCUUAGUUGUAUACAUAUUAGAUGAGGCAGGCAGAGAGAAACAAUCAAAACAGCUUAGCUUUUGAUGAAUUACUUUAGAUCUUUACGGUUACUAUCGAACAGUUUCUAUAGCUGAAUUAUACACAAACACGAUUACUAAGUGAAACACAUUGUUGCUCAGCAGUGGUGAUCGGUCCCAAGCAACUUUGGCAAUUCACACCUCAAACAUACACACUUUUUUUCUAUUUGUACAGUGUAUGUACUUUCAGCGAAACACAAAAUGCCGAUUGAAAUAAUUGUGUUCAUAUUCGGAAGACGAAAACAAGACUCAUCCUGUACUCAAUUCCUCCCCUGGACCACAAUCUUCCUCAAUCUUCAUCAUCCCCCACACCGUAUUGAAUUGUAUCGAAACAUUGAAAUGACACCUGUUCAAACACAUUCCUAGACGAUAUGCAAUGCAAACAAAGACAAGAAUGUUUCUUAGUUUUUCUUAUUCGUUCAAAAUGGUGUGUACUUCACCGUAAAUCAACAGAUGUUCCGAAAAAGUCAUCAUCUAAAGACGGAAAAUGCGCGGAAUCGGAUGAAUGAGUUCCUCGAGCAGCAAAACUAUUUCGCUAUCAAACUGUAAGAAAUAAUGAAUAAUGAAAAAAAAAACAGCUGAUGUGAGGAUGGACAGAAGGAUGCCAGAGUUGGAUGAAGAAAAAACUCCCCCCCCCCCCAAAUCUUGCGAUAUAUCACGCACGAGUUAAAAAAGCACAUUUCUCUGACUUACAAACGUGGAAGAAAAACUAUCUGUAAGAAACCCUUCCAUAUGUAUAUCUCUAUAUUCUACUGGGUUAAGUAAAGUAAUAUGUAGAUAAAGUUGAAAAGCAAAACAGCAAAAGAAAAAAAAACAACUACAUUGGAGUGAUAUCUUUUUUACGAAGAAAAUUUAAUAAAAGUAUAUAUAUAUAUAUAUAUAUAUAUAUAUAUAUUUGCAAAACGCGGAGAACACUAGUAGAGAAUACAGUUUUAUUUUUUUUGUGAAUAUGGUAAGCAUAGCUAAACGAGACAUGAUGCGGCUACUUUCCAAACAAUGGAAAAUUAAAUCAAAGCUGAAAUAGAGUCAAGUAGCAGCGACAGCAGAUUGAACAAGAGUUGAAAUAAACACACGCGAUAAGUGAAGAUAAGUCAUAAAUAUAAAUGUUAUGAACAUAAGAAUAAAUAUUAAGCAGCAAGUUAAACCGCGCUUGGGCAGAAUAUGAAAAUAUAUCAG